CUCUCUUUCUUUCCAGUUGGUGGUGUUGUAUCUCUGUCUCCCUCUACAUUUGUUAUCUCUGUAUCCACAAGAAUUAUACUUCUACAAACCAAUAAACCAUUACAAUUUACUUUCUCCCUUUUCUUUCUUUCUUUUUCCUUUUUAUUUUUCAUUAUUUUCAUCCAUCAAUUUCCUUCCAAUACUUUAAUUUACUUAAUUAUUGUCAUUAGUACCAAUAUUUGUUAUCAAUUAAGAGUUAGUUUGACCAAAACUUUUGGUACUUCCCUACUUAUUAUUCCCCUACCUUCAUUUUUUCGGAAGGAAGAGAGAAAAAGAAAACCCAGAAUGAUUUGAUCUUUCUGUAGUAUAAUCCCCCAUUUUUACUCAUUUUUUCUUGAAGAUCUGUAUAUUUUUGAUAAUAACCAAAAUUUUUGAAUACCCUUUGUCAGAAAUCCAUAGAUUCUCUUGGAAAAAGCUCAAAUUUUACCCAAUGGAAGGAAGAACUAAAAUUGGUAAAAGAGAGAAGGAAAGAUUUCUAUAAUUAAGCUUAGAAUAGUCUGUUUAUAAAAGGGUUUUUUGAUUUUGAUCUGAAAUAAUCUCUCUUCUUGUUCUUCUUCAAUUCUUCAUUCAUUCACGUGUGACAGUUAAAAGUUUCUUUCUUUUUUUUCUUAUUAAUUUCUGUACCAUACAAAAAAGUUGUUUUGAAAAUGAUGAAGAUGAGGACUAAGUUGACAGGGCUGUCACCUAUGAAUGGUAACAGUACAAAUGGUGAUCGACACCGUGGUGUUAGCAAUGGCGGCGAUGGUGUCGGUGGUGGAGAAAGUGCACCUGAGAAUUGGGAGAUGCGGCCUUCUGGGAUGUUAGUACAAAAAAGAUUAGAUGAUGAACAACAAAAUAUCAAACCUCCACCAACUAUUCGAGUUAGAGUGAAAUAUUGUUCUGUUUACCAUGAUAUCUAUAUUAAUUCACAAGCUACAUUUGGGGAAUUGAAGAAAAUGUUGGGAGGGCCAACAGGAUUGCAUCAUCAAGAUAUGAAGGUGUAUUACAAGGAUAAGGAAAGGGAUUCUAAGGAGUUUUUGGAUAUUGUUGGAGUGAAAGAUAAAUCAAAAUUAUUAUUGGUGGAAGAUCCAAUUAGCCAGGAAAAAAGGUACCUUGAAAUGAGGAAGAAUGCCAAGAUGGAAAAAGCAGCCAAGUCAAUUUCUGAGAUCAGUUUAAUAGUUGAUAGACUUGCUGGUCAGGUGACAGCUCUUGAAUCUGUGAUUUCAAAAGGAGGAAGAGUAGCAGAGAAGGAUGUUGUAAAUGUGAUUGAAUUGUUAAUGAAUGAAUUGAUCAAAUUAGACGGCAUUGUUGCUGAUGGAGAUGUGAAAUUGCAACGAAAGAUGCAGGUGAAACGAGUUCAGAAGUAUGUAGAAACAUUGGAUAUGUUAAAGGUCAAAAACUCGAUGCCAGAGACAAAUGGGCAUGCCAAGAAUUCAGUUUUAAGUAAUGGCAAUAGUCAUGCUAAAAGUAAUGGUUAUAAUCAAGAACGGUCAUCGAAUUCAGGCAAACCACCACUCCCUCAACAACGGCAUUCUAUAGGCCACUCGCCUCUAAAACCACAACCGCGACAAGAACAACAACAACAACCAUCAAGGCAUUCGACUUCUGGGACCGUGGUAACCACACAAUGGGAGACGUUCGAGUUGGCGCCACCUCUUAUACCCGUCUCUCCUACAUCGUCAUCUGGAUCAACCACUCCAAAAAAACUGGUGAACCCCAAGUUUCCUUGGGACUUUGAGUAAGGAUGAGCUUAUACAUAUCCCAUAGUAUGUUUAAUGUGUGUGGAUGUGUAUUGUUUUUCCUUUUUUCAUUUUUCAUUUUUCAUUUUUCAUCUGUUCCAAUAUAUGUGUUCAGCUGGAUUUGGUUUUUAUCUUUGUUCAUUCUUUUGUGUAUCUAGAUUUUGUUAGGACACCCCCCUUAUCACCUCCCUAUUUCGGGAAAUAAAUGGGGGACUGUAUCGGAUGAUUAUCGAUUAAUAUUACGAUAAUGGUUCGUAUUGUUAUUGCAUACAUUACUUCUAUGUUACUCAAACUCCUCAUUUUGCUUCACGUACCCGUGUCCGACACUUUGACAUGUACUUGUAUUCAACAUCAGUACCCGAGUUCAAGUAACAUAUUAUUGCUUCAAUUGAUGAAAGGUGAAGGAAUGGUGUAUUGUUGGCAAGUGAUAUAUCGAGUAUCAACCAAAAUUGAAAAUCCCAAGUUUGUUGUAGCUGCCCUGUCUCUGUUUUCUCUCUCUUCUAUUACAAGCUACUCCUGUUAUUGGCAUGUUCUGUUUGUGGUAGGGAAUAUUAUUGUUCUAGCUGCAUGCUUUGCUUCUUGGGUGGUUUACAUCCUAACCAACUAGAAUCUUAAUCAAAAGUGGGAAAAGGGAGGUGCACCACUUCAUGUACUUGUAACUACAUAAACUACUAUACAGUCGAGGGUAAACUCGAUGCUCUAGCGAUGUCGUUAUUAUUGAUAGAAUAUAUAUAGACUGUAACCAUCAGUAUAAAUUUUUGUGUGAGGGCGUGAUAGAGUAUAUCACAUCUUGAUUACAAUCUGAUGAUUAGAGUUGAUUCCUUGACAAUUACGAGGCACCUUGAACUAGGCAAGAUCUGCCCUAGUGGCAUAAGGAGAUGUAAGGUUUUACGGGUGUCUUGGUACGGACAUUAGAUGAUUAGAGUCUUGUCAGAUUAGUUUAACAAGUGAGUCGGAUCUAGGCGUUUUAUCGAUUACUAUUGAGUCUAUCCCUAUACAGGUUUAAUGACAGUUCACAGUUACUAAAAAUAGGAAGAUGCAUUGGCGGAAUUUGAUUUAGUCGGAGAAUAAACUACGAAAGAUACUCGGUUGUGAUCAUUGGGUUUCUAACUGAUACAAAGUCAUGAUCUGUAAGUUUUGUUUGAAGUUGAUGCAUUCGGAGAAAGCCAAAGAAAAGCCACCUGAUAUGCUUUGUUUGUAUUGAAUACUUCACUUGGGAAGGAAGUUGUCCCUGUCUUUAGAUUCAAGAGUUCCCAUGAAGGAAAAGUACAAACAAAUCUUUCAGAUUAGAUUGAACUUGGAAGUCAUUUGGAUGGAACAGACAAAAUACAACUUGAAGUGUUACACAUGGCAGAAAGAAAACUGUACGUAGCUUUAAUCUUUACAGGUUUUAUGCUUAUUCUAAUUUCAGGCCACCAGAUCUAGCUUUUUGACUAAUGGGCUUGAUCAGGGUGAUAAACCCGACCUGCAUAAAGCAUUUAUAUAGUAAUUAUUCAUGUGAGAGAUUGUAUUUCAAUAAGCAGCUAGUCUCUUGAGAGAACGUCUUUUUAAGAGAUGUCUCUCAGGCCCAGCCUAUUAGAGCUUAAUGCCUACUUAUCUUAUUCUUAAUGCCUACUUAUAUUAUUCUUAAUGCCUACUUAUAAUAUUGUCAAAAAUAUAUAAUGAGCCGGUCCAAUUAGAGAUGGUCUUUCAAGAAGACUGUCUCUCACAAGAAUUCGUGUUCAAUAAAUAUCAAAACAAGAUAUGGAGUGCGUCUCACAGUGAAAUUGCGUUAUAAAACAAUUUGUAUAGACCACAAUAUCUAUUGUGCUCUUAUAUUGGUCAAAGAAUUUUGAUGAUAUAAUCCUCAUAUGUGAAAUUUGUAAAGAAUGGUUAUUUGGCAUAAAAACGUAUUGUGCUUUUAUUAAGGUUUUAAGGUUAAUGA